AUGGCGCGUGUACGAAGACGUGGGGCCACUGCUGCUGCCACUACUGCCACUACCAAAAGAAGCAAUCACCCCAAGAUGAGACAGAAGAAAUUACCCAAGUCUCAAGCUACCACUCCUAGCCGAACUUUAUCUGAUAUGCUGCUAUCGAUCAAACCGCACCACUUAGCAAACAUCAUCUCUCGCGAAAAAAAAUCACGAAUAUCGCAACCGCCGCCUGAAAGAUGGCGUGUCGCGUCUCUGGCUAUACGAGACCGGCACUGGUGGAGGAAGCUUAUCAAUAACUCAUAUCGCCAUCAUCCCACCCAACACGCGUCAUGA